GCCCAACGCCACACUGCUGGAGCCAGGGAGCCCCGAGGCGUCCUCGGCAUUGGGCACCGUGGAGGAUUGGCUGCAGGCCAUCGGCAUGGAGAAAUACAGUGACAACUUCACUGCGGCCGGCUACACCACUCCAGAAACUGUGGUUCACAUGACACAGGAGGACAUGGCGCGCAUCGGCAUUUCCUCGGCAGCGCACCAGAACAAGAUCCUGACCAGCGUCCAGAGUAUGCUGUCCCAAAUGCAACAGAUGCAAGGCAGAAUGGUUCCUGUCUGAGGGGAUGAAACCGGGGAAAAAAAAAAAAAACAGGAAUCAGAAAGACGUUGUUUCUUAUAAAAAGAAUGAAUACAAAACAAACAAAUAAUUAUAAAAAAGAGACAAAUGAAACUAUGAAGAAAUAGUUUACCUCAUUCAUGCACUUUAAAUUGGAUUUUAAAAAAAGAAGACAUUCAUGGAAAAAGUGGCUAAAAUGUCUCUCUUUUUUUUAAUCUGACCUUUACCUUGCUCUUUUUUGUUUAGCGGAGAAUGGGACACUCUGCAGCAUUUUUUGGAUGAAUGGAGUGAUGGCUGGAAAAAGUGCUUCCGAGAGACCAAUCUGGAGUGCCUUUAAUGGUUUGGAAGGAAGGAGGGAGGGAUGAAGCGGUCGAGUCAACGUUACUUCCUCCUUUGGGGCAAAGUGUUGUCUCUAACUUUAUGGAAUAAUUCGAGGAGCAGGUUUUUUGAAUUUCCUCUGACUGUGUUUAUUGUACAUGAAUUCUUUCUGCGGGACACGCAGGCUGCCCUGGCCACCAUUGUUCUUUCGUUUUCUCUCAGCUGAAUCUUUUUGAAAGCUCUCAGACAAAAUGGAGGAUCCUACCUGUCUGUUCUGAACAAUGAAUCUCCGAGAGGAUGAGGGCUGAGUUCUGUUGGGAGAUGCUGGUGCGGGGAAGAUUUAUUUAAAGAUCUUUUUUUUUUUGCUCUUUACAGUCCUCGUUCUCCCAGAACUUUAUUUUGUUGCCCUCAGGACGUUACUGAGAAUGUCUUUGAUCUUCCAAAGGAGACUUCCCAUUUCCCUGUCUUCCCAAAAUAAAAACAAAAACCCACCUACACCUUCAGUAAACACACUUUGGAUUACUCCAUCCAUCUGCCAUAUUAAAGCUCUCACUGCACCUCAGCUGCAGAAGCAAACAACUCUUCCUCACCACUUUGGAUGGAUGCCAGUUUGGACCAGUUGAACUGGUUGGAGAAACUGGAGGCAAGAUGAAGGAUUUUUUUUUGUUAGGAUUUAUUCAAAGUAGCAAUGUGGAUACAGAAUGAACCACAGUCAGUGUUGUUGCUAAAGAAACAAGAAGAUAAUGGAAGAUUACUCAACUUGACAUCAAGCUGCCGCCGUCCAUCACGAACGGGAUCUUGGCCUUGCUCGCCUGCUCUUCCUCUCCGUCGUCCUUCUUCCUCGUCGUCCCGCUUCCCUCUUCUCUCCUUUGGGGUCUCUUCCGCUGACAAGAUGACAGAAACCCGUCCACGAGCACCUGGGAUGUCCGCCGCACGUCAGCUUGACUCGCUCUCCUGUGCUUGUUGGCCCUCCACCAGCUGGAAGUUGCCAUGAAUGAUUUGGCAGCAUAAAAAAAGGAGACAAGAAGAAGAAUGCAACAUAACUGAAAAGCCCUGCUCCAGAGGAUUUAUGUACUUUUUAAAUAACUUUUAAUUUGUGAGUUUUUUUAAUUAUUGUUUUAUUUUGUUUGCAUGUAAAGUAAAGAGGGGUUUAUUUGAAUUGUACGGAUGGGAUGAUGUUGAGUGUGUGCGUGUGUGUUUGCUCUAAGACUGAAAAAGACUAAAGCACCAGUAUCAGUUUUGUGUCUGUUUUCAAGAAUCUGUGGAGGAGAGUGAGAUGACAGAGUUGUAUAGUUUUUGAUAAAAAUGAAGAAAAAUCCUGGACAUUUUUUUUGUUUGAUUUUUUUGCUUUUGCUUUCUGUGUCGUCUUAAAAAAAAUCGAUGUUGCUCACCGUGUGCAAACUCUCCUCAGCAACAGCAUUUAUUGAACAGCUUCAUGGAAUGCAAUCCGUUUCUGCUUUUGCAGCUGCGAAAGGACACACGGAGACAUGAGUGGGACUAAAUGUCUCCUGUGCUCACUAAAGCAGACUGGACUCUCCGGGCUCUUUUCAAGUCGUCUUUCUUGAUGUUUGUUGGAAACUGUUGAAAAAUGACAAACUUGUACACAGAAAAAGGGCAGAAGAGUUAAGAAAAAGGAGCGUAAGAAAAGGAUAAUUUGUUGAUUAUUUUGUUUGUUUUUUCAGAGCUCAUGAUACAGCCACUCAGUGGAUUCAUUUUUUCCCCUCUGGUUAAAGCAUACUUUCAUGAAUGUUACUGAACUCCUAAGGGAAGUUUCAUAUACAGUAAUACAAAUACACCUCUGUCUUUAAUGCGGUUUUGCAAACUUUUCAGUUUUGGUAAUUUUAGUUUUUUUUUUUUCUGUUUGGGGGAAGGGUUUGGGUUAUCUAUUGAGAAAAAAAAAGGACCUGUUUGGAAAUAUGCAAGAUGUGUUAGGGAAGGAGAAGGAACCAGAAUGUACUGUAAAAUACUUUUUUCCUUUACUUCAAUGUUAAAUGAGUUGAAAAAAAUGAAAGAAAAAGAAAACACAAGAGUUAAUGUUUGUCAUUGUAUGCCUUCCGAUGCCAUAAUGAUCUAGCCAUGUAGAUCUAACAUUCUCUUGAUCUUUUUUGUACUUUUUUUGGGACAUUAUUAAGCUUUUUUGUUUUUGGUUUUGUUCUGGUCAAGGAGCUCUAGGUACAUGUAACUUAUGUCAUUUAUUUAUGUUCUUUUAUAUCUAGUUUGUAAAAUAAUAGCCUAAAGUGAAGUAAAUAAAGGGGUGCCAAGGUGCAUUCUUAUUAAAGUAGAAACUAUGUGACUGUC